AUGCAGGUGCCUGACCACCCACUGGUCAGUGUAGAGUAUGCACAGGGAGCCCAGGCCAUGCUCCCGCACUUCUGGGAGGACACUCAGCAUGGUCCCUGGGAUCACCAGAAGGUCAGCCAGCAGGGCCCCCCACCCAACCUCACUAAGUUACAGCUUCUGUUUAUGAUCAGUUUGAUAUUACAGACCAUCCCCAUGGGAAACAGGAAAUAUAAAAUUAGUAGAGAAGAAAGCAGCAGUGGUAAAGCUCAGAAGUUCCAGCAGAAAACACUCAACUGGACCUUGAAUAAUUUAAGGGAGGAGAAUGACAGCACAGAGGGCUGGAAGCCUCAGGGUUCAUUCCCCUACUCCUUGACUUCCCAAGAGCUAAGCGGCAAUGCUGCAGACAAAGGCCAUCUCGGUCACUGCUGCCAGAACGGCGGCACCUGCGUGCUGAGCAGCUUCUGCGUGUGCCCCGCUCACUUCACCGGCCGCUACUGUGAGCACGACCAGAGGCGCAGCAAGUGCGGCGCCCUGGUGCACGGAGCCUGGACCUUCCGCGGCUGCCACCUCUGCAGGUGCGUCUUUGGGGCCCUGCACUGCCUCCCGCUGCAGACACCCGGCCGCUGCGACUUGAAAGACUUUCUCACCUCACACUCUAAUGGACCUAGAACCCAGCUCACGUGGAGUGUUCUCCUCCUCCUGUCCUGCUUCCUUCUGAAAUCCAUCCUCAGUGAAGGGGGAGCCUGCUGA